CGCGGGCUCCGGGCGGAUGGAGGCGGCGCGGAGGUCGCGGCUGAGCCUGAGCCGCCGGAGGCCGCCCUCGGGGGUCGGGUCCCCGAGCAACCCCCCCGGUUCUCCUCCGGACGGCGGCGAGUGUGCGCGGCCGUGGGCUGAGCUGCUGCGCGCCGCGAGUGCGGACCUGAACGCGGACGGCGAGCCGCCGCCGCUGCCCGCGUUCCCCGGCCAGGAGCCCAGGCGCAGCCCUGAGCGGGCGCCCCCGGAAAGCUUCACCGUGGGAACCGAGACCUUCUCCUGGACGCCCUUCCCGCCGGCCCCGCGGCGAGGCGGGGACCCGAGCCACUCCGACCGGGUGCUCCGCGAGGCCCUGGGGCGCACGGGGUCCUCCGCCUGGUCCCCCCAACGACACUCCGCGCCCGAGCCCCGCGGGACCUCCAGCGCCGAGGAGCAGCCGUCCGUGGAGGGGUCGCCGACACUGCAGAGCUGCCCCAUGUGCCAGGCCGACUUCGCCCCCAGGCUGACCCAGCUGGACGUUGACAGCCACCUGGCCCGGUGCCUGGCGGAGAGCACGGACGAUGCGGUGUGGUGAGCAGCCCGGCCCACGGCUUCCCCUCCACCGGCUGGGCUGCCUCCCCUCUGCUCUGCAUCCCCAAAGCUGUAUAUUAAAGCGCGUCAGUGGGAGGUGUUCACGUCCCAUCUGUUUGUGUUGAGGCCAGAACAUUGGGUCCUUUUUCCUUUUUGGCUGCUGCUGAGCAGCGUGAUGACUGAAGUGGACAGGGCCGCUCGGCAGACAGAGCAGCCCCAGGCAGGUGACAGAGACAGUGCCACCAGCAGUUCGGCUAUUUGUACCCGAGUUGGCACAAGAACGGACCUUUUGCUCACCCCGCGGACUCGGCUCACAUUUCACGACCGUGUUUGAACCCCCAGGGGAACCUGCUCCUCCCGCAGCUGCGGGUUACUGCCAGCAAGGAAGACACUGUCGCUGGUGCCUGUCGUCACCCGCAGGGGUUCAGAGCAGCUCCCCUCAAGUCGGGAAUUCACGGGGAGGGACCAGGCCUGCCUGCCGACAUCCUGUGUGAGCUGUGUCUUGUUCAGGCUCUCAGUGCCCGUGGGAAGCAGGGCCAGAGAGCGUGUGCAGGUAGUUUUCCUUCCGGUGCUGUUGGCCCACAGGUCCUGGAAGAGCCUCGUCUCCAGCACAGCCACAGCGGCGGCAGUACUGGC